AUGGUGCAUGGUAGGGAGUUUGAGGUGAACUUGAUCUAUUUACCUCUUUCUCAAUUAGACGUAAUCUUGGGGAUGGAUUGGCUAGCUGGCAACCAUGUGCUAUUGGACUGUAGAGAGAAGACUUUGAUUUUUGGAGCAUCGAUGUUAAAAAUUCUGAGGCUUUUGAGUCAGAGUGCUUGGGAGAAUACAGUGAAUGCUAAGGCCUUUAUGGUCAUGUUCUCAAUGGAGGCCGAAAGCGUGGUGGAGACAGAGUAUAUCCCGGUGGUGAGGGACUUCUUGGAAGUUUUUCCUAAAGAUGUUUAUGAGUUACUACCUGAGAGGGAAAUAGAAUUUACUAUUGACCUCAUUCCAGGAACAAACCCAAUUUCUGUGGCACCAUACAGGAUGUUACCAGUGGAGUUGGCAGAGGUCAAGAAGCAAGUAGAGGACUUGUUACAAAAACGGUUGGUAAGACCGAGUGUCACCAUAGGGAGCACUAGUGCUCUUGGUGAAGAAGAAGGAUGA